AUGCAGCGAGCUUAUAGGUCACCACGCUGGUCACACAAUGGACAUAGAUCAGGAUUUCUAUACAAUGUGGUACCAACGACGGUCUCUGACGGUAUAUGCGUGACCCAGUCAGGUCAGAGAGCUGAUUUGGAGCUUUCGUUGAGCCGCUCUACUUCAGGUACGGCUAAAGUUGGGAAUGAUAAUGCUGGCAAUGUAUCAAGAACAGCUUUAGCAUUGUAUUUUGUUUCUGAAGAUGGCUCAGAAUGGCAUACUACAGUUGUUCACGCACCUUACUUCUAUGUGUCUGUGACAAGUGCUAUGCAUCUCCAUAUGGUAAGAGACUAUUUGGACACAAAGUUUGCAAGCAAAUCUAUUGGGCCGGUAGUUUUGGAACCUUGUGUUAAGGUUGAUCUUAGUUUACCCAACCAUAUAGAACGGUUCGACCCCGUUACCGGUCGUGCUAUGCAUGGGACAAGACACUUGAUCAAAAUCAGCUUCAACACCAUAGACCAAUUGGAACGUGCUCGUAUUUUGCUUCAAUCUCUGAAACAGAAGUUUGUAAAAAAAGAAGAUGGCUCAUCGGAACACAAUACAGGUCUUGCUUCAUUGACAACACAAUAUGUCCAUGACGAAUAUUUCUCACACCAGUAUGGAUCAUCUCAAUUGGAAAAUUUACACUUUCUUAGCAAUAGGACACAUCAAAUACACGAAGAUACCGAAAUGGAAAAGGGGGCUGAUUGCCUUUUACAUUUAGGUGAUAUAUACGAACAUGAUGUGAGAUAUGUCAACAGGGUAUGUAUCGAUUUGUCUAUUCGGUGUGGUACAUGGUACGAUGUUGAUCGAGUUCAAGGUGUCGUUAGUUUAUCUGCCCUGAAUAAGGCCACACUGCCGCCACUUAAUGUAUUUGCAUGGGAUAUAGAAUGUUACAAAGCACCUCUAAAAUUCCCAGAUGUGGAAAACGACGAAAUCAUACUCAUAUCAGCCAUGUUCAACGGACAAGGGUACCUUAUUGUGAACCGUUCUGUGGUAGCACGUGAUAUUAGCGAAUUUGCCUAUCAUCCAUCUGAUGAGAUGGCAGGUGCAGGUAGUUUCAAAGUGUUCAAUGAACAGGGCGAAUUGAAAUUGUUGCAAAGGUUCUUUACUCUGAUAACAUCAUUGGCGCCACAUAUUAUUGUAACUUACAAUGGAGAUUCCUUCGAUUUCCCGUAUGUACAACGUAGAGCUCAGAUAAACGGCCUAUCUAUGGAGAGUAUGUUAGGGUUAUAUCGAACCUCAUCUGAUGUUUACACUGGGAAUGCGAUAAUAAACAUGGAUUGCUAUAAAUGGGUGGAACGUGAUUCAUAUUUACCAUUUGGAUCAAGGACACUUAAACAGGUUUGCAAGAUCAAGUUGAAAUACAAUCCGACGGAAUUAGAUCCAGAAGAAAUGGUACCAUGUGCUAGAAACGACCCCCAAACACUAGCGGUAUACAGUGUUUCUGAUGCAGUGGCAACCUACUAUCUCUAUAUGAAGUAUAUACACAGCUUCACUUUCGCCCUUUGUUACAUUGUACCACUGCCGCCUAAUGACGUAUUAAGACAGGGUAGUGGGACCCUAUGUGAGAAUCUGUUAAUGGCGGAAGCAUAUGCAAAUGGAGUAUUGUUCCCCAAUAAACAUCAGCAAGCUGGAAUCCGUUACUUCAGGGAUCCCGCCACUUCGAAACAUCACUUUAUAUACGAGAACUCGUACAUCGGUGCACGUGUAGAAACAUUAAGAUGUGGGCUCUUCCGUGAUGACCUUGAAGAACGUUUUGAAUUAAACAGUAGCAAGUAUCAGGAGCUAUUAGAUGACCUGGAUAUGACCUUGAAAUCAUGGGCUGACGCCAAUUUGACUAAAGAUGACAGUACUGAUGCUGCGGAUGACUCAGGAACGGCACCGGACUCUAUGGAUGUUGAUGGUAACGAGUUGAAUCCUCCGACGUGGCUAAUCACACGCUUUGCUCGUUUCUCCAAUUUCCAAGAGGUUUAUCGUAACAUGCGCCAGAGGCUCAUUAGGUUACGUGAUGAGCCUGUACUGCAUACAUUCCCGAGGAUUUAUCAUCUGGAUGUAGGAGCGAUGUACCCCAAUAUCAUCUUGUCACAGCGUUUGCAACCGACUGCCAUUGUGACCGAACAGACGUGCAAGCAAUGUUCAUAUUAUAACGAGUCCGAUGUAUGUCAGAAACGUAUGCAGUGGAAACAGAAACUUGAGAUAUCACCUGUCGACCGUAACCAUAUUUUACCGUUAUUGAAAGAUUUAGAAUCUCGUACCUUCAAGUCAACUGCGGUACAAUAUGAUCGUGAUGAUGCGAACGCUGGAGCUACUUCUGAUGGUUCGAGUAACGAAUCGGAUUCUCCAGACUCACCUGUUGAUCGUGUGACGAUAAAAACGUGGCAUCAACUGAAUGAGCGGAAAAAAGCUGCAGAGUUACAGAAGGUCAUCAAGGCAUACUCCCAGCGUGUCUUCCACAAGAUGAAGAUAAAUAAGGAAGUGGACGUGGAGAGUAUAGUAUGUCAACGUGAGAAUCCAUUUUACGUACGCACGGUCCAAAAGUUCCGUGACAAACGUUAUGUAUAUAAGAAGUUGAAGAAGGAUGCAGAGACCGCGUUAAAGGAGUUGUUACGACAGCCUAAAGGUAACGCUAUGCGUAUCAAGGAGAUGCGUGAUAGCAUAUUGCUCAACGAUUCCUUGCAGCUAGCUCACAAGUGUAUAUUGAACAGUUUUUACGGUUAUGUCAAGCGAGGCGGUUCUCGUUGGUACAGUAUGGAGAUGGGCGCUAUCGUCACAUAUGCCGGCGCUGAAAUUAUCGACUCAGCUCAUCGAUUAAUGAAAGAUAUUGGUAUCCCAAUCGAGCUUGACACUGACGGUAUCUGGUGUAUGUUACCUGACGUAUUCCCAGCAGUUGUUGAUUUAGAGGCGAAGGAUGGUACAUCGGGGUCACAGGGACCUAAGACUGUGGAACUUGAGUAUAUGACCACGGUACUGAAUAGGUUAAUUGAACGUCAAUGGACUAAUGACCAGUACCUUGAGAUGGAGGAUGUAGGUCGGUAUCGCCGUGUAAGUCGUAACGAGAUUCUAUUUGAACUUGAUGGUCCAUGGCACGCAAUGUUCCUACCUGCUUCCGAGAAGUCUGAAGAACUGUUAAAGAAACGUUAUGUGGUGUUUAACCAUCAGAAACAGAUUGUUGAAUUGAAAGGGUUUGAGAUCAAACGUCGUGGUGAGAUGCGAAUGAUCCAGUUACUUCAAGAGGAAGUAUUCCCACGUUACCUCUUGGGUUCUACCAAAGAAGAAGCUUAUCAGAAUGCCGCAUCUAUAGGUCUGAGUUACCGUCGUUCUCUUGACUCACGGGCUGCGAACUUGGAAGAUGAUGAUAUGUUCGAUUUAUUGGUAGCACGCAAGACUGUUAAACGUCCUGUCGCUAAACAGAGUAAUAUGAAGUGUUUCGGUAUCACUACCGCCCGUCGUUUAGCAGAACUGUUCAAAGAUGAUUCUUAUAUUAACGAUGGGAACCUCUGUAUGUCGUUCUUGCUUGCAUCUCACCCAGCAGAUGCUCCACGUACCGCUAGGGCGAUCCCAAUCCAAACAUUCAAGGUAGAUGUGUCAUUAAGAUCACAGUGUUUGGCACGUUGGUUGAAAUUACAGUUGAGUACCGCUGUGAACUCUGGAGUACGUGAUAUUUUAGAUUGGGAUUAUUACCGAGAGAAGCUUGAUACCCAGAUGCUUAAAUUAGUAUGUAUCCCAGCAGUUUUACAGGGCUUGGAGAACCCAGUGCCUAUGAUCCAAUUACCCGCAUGGCUAAAGAAAAGAGAGAUGACCGAUAGCCGUCAGCGUAACAUUACAUCAUUUUUUGCAGUUAAUGUCAACGGUGUGGCUAGCUCCAAGGUAUCGUCUAAGCGCAAUGCUGCUGGUGGAUCAGACCCUGAUGAUAGUUCAAAUCUGCCUAUCACAGCUACCUCGAAUGUGAAACAACAACCUGUCAAGCUGUUGAACGUAAAGGCAGCAGACAUAUCACCAAGAUCGAUUACUUGGAUAAAGGGGUUGAAAGUAAAAUGGCUUUCAUUGGUAAAGGAUUUCCAACGUCAUCGACGAAGGUUACAACAUGAUAUAAACCGUUCAGUAUACGUUGAUCUUAAACGUGGUAUGCUCGAGGCAGCAAUUUCACAUGGCGAUACGCAACCAUCUGGUGACCGCAGCAAACUUGAUUUCUCAGUGAUAUAUAUGCUAAUGACCGAACGUUGGCACGUAUACAGUUGUACGUUGGACCCUGAAAAUCCUACCGUGAUGAAAUGUAUAGUUUCUGUACAUAACAAACCGAUAUUUGUGACUGUACACGUUGAACUCUGGCGCAAACUAUAUGUCAACUGCUUGAAAUACUGGGAAGCACAAUCUAACGAAAACAUUAGUGUCCGUGCGAUCAAUGAACGGUAUAUUUUACCCCGUGGUUCGGUACAGAAGAACCUGUUUGAGCUUGAGAUGCGUGAAUCAUAUUUUUUGAAACAUAUCCGCAAUAGUUUAAGUUCGAUCUUCCACAAGACACUAUUGGGUGUAUAUGAAGCACAGGUACCUAUAUCGUUUGAUUUUGCUGUUAAACUUGGCAAUGUAGUCCAAGUACAUGAUUUUGACGCUUCAGCUGCAGUUACACCGGCGUCCGAGUUCAGGUCUAAAGCUCUCCAAGGGAUCACUACCAUGCAAGUAUCGGAUGUUCACUAUUUAGAGGAUGUGGAGAUAAUCUUCGUUCAUGUGUUCCAUGGGUUAAACCCUGACACUAACCGUCGUAAUCGUGUAUUUGCAGCUGUAUACAGAAAGGGGCAGGAUAGUGUUAACCACGUUUUCGUGGGCGGUGCAUCUUCUAAUUUCCCUAGGGCUGAAUCGGAGUUCCCCAAUGCCUUGUCUUUAGCAUUGGAUAAGCAGCGUGUACGCUAUGAACACCAUGAAAGCAUCCGUCAUGAAAGUUAUAAAAACCCGGAAAGGUUUCCAGAUUGCUUUGGUGAGAUGUACGAGCCACAUUACGACUUAAGUGCCACCGCUGCUGCCGGAUGCCGUACCGCCUUGCGUAAUCUUGACACUUAUUUGCAAUCACUUCAACCCCAAGUGUCACAACGCAAAUGUAUAGUUUAUGCCUAUUCCACGGUUGAACUAAGUGAUUUGGGAGAAUGGUCGGCUGGCGAUUCGUGGCCCGUACACUGGGACCGUAAUGUUAGUAGUGACCACCAUCAUCUACCUUCUAACGGAUUCAUAUCUAAAGCUUUAGGUGCAUCUUUGGCGUUGCUGUAUAAACACCGCACGGAGGUUGAACUUAAACUGUCCAUGUCAAGGGUCGCCUCUUUACCGUUAGGUAACCUCUUGAAUAUGAGCACUGUUGAUGCUAAUAAGCAUCUUUUGGAUGUGAUGUACGCGAGGUCUCUGAGAUCUUCAUCAGCGUUGCUUUGGGGUACUGGUGAAGCCGGUUGUGACCUUGGAGUACGUCACUCAGUCCACAUGCAAGCUUCUGAUUAUGACAUAACGUGUCAUGAGGGUAACUUCUGUAUGUCAUCUGCUGGAGUAUAUCGUGGCUAUGGUGCAAAGAUCGCAUUCAACCAAUCGCUUAUGUACAAUGCCAUAAUGCUGGAGUCAAGAUUAGCUACAGGGUCACAACUUGCCGGAUGUGAUUUGAAACGAUCUGCUCCAGAUGGUACUCCAGAAGAGUUACAGCAUGAAGUUCGUAUGGCACAUAUGGCUGAAUUCCAUCCUCUAUCAUUCCGUAUACUGGGUAGUAUGUUCGAUAACCUGAUUAAGCUGACAAACACAUUAUUUGAGAAGGUGGAAUAUGGCACAUUUCAGCAAUUGAUCAACAUCUGCGCGUUUAUCAAACCCUGGUUGAGUGACCCUAUUUCUAUAAUGUACGACCCAGGAUUGUAUUCUAGGGCGUUGCUGUGUACCCAACAGUACCUAUCGUCAUUAUUACAACAAGUGGAGAGCUCUUACCAGUUGCGUACAGUAUACGUUACACAGACGUAUGUUGUAGUGGACACGAACACUUUGAGUGUUACGAAGGGUCGCCAUCGUGUGCAUGAGGCCUUUGAUAAUUUGGGCUCCAAUGACCCACGGUUCCGAAAUAUACCAUUUUAUGUUGAGGAGGAGUAUGUAGCGCAGAUCCAGCUAGCAGCCGAUUGCUAUAUCCGUUACAAGAAUUACGUGGAUGCUACACACGAGAACUGUACGGAGAGUCUGAAACCAUUGGAAUAUUUGCCUGGAGCUGUUGAGAUGUUCGUUCGAUAUUUUUUGAAGACGGUUGCAUUAGACCCAUUGUGGAAGACCCUUGGGGAAUAUUAUGACUACGAAAUCGAAGAAGAUGGCCUGUCAGGUGGCAGUGUGGAACCGAAGGAGUUGCUAGGGCGUGAUAAUAACGAGUUGCGUAAAGCGCUCGAGGAACAUGUAGUUCACGACUGGUUACAGCCUGGUGUAUUUUUUUCACGUAUGUGCGAAUUGUUGGAGGAUGCCGAUGCGUUCCUAUCAACGUUUGAUAGUCAGGGUACAUUCGGUAGAUUGGAGUUCCCGAAUAUGCCAGGUAGCUUUGUUUUCGACGGUGGCAAUUGGCGUAUGGAAGCGGUGAAGCUUGUUGCGCAUGUACUACGUAUCGACAGCGCCGUUGAUUGGAACGAUUUAUCAAAAAUUACGGCAUAUGAAGAGAAGCGUCACCAACUCUUUACACUAGCAGGAGAGAGCGAGUACGCCGCUGGAGAUUGGCAGCCUCCAAUGCAAAGGCUGGAUUUACCUUCUGUAUGUUGUAAUGACUGUUUCAUGGUCUUUAACCUUGAUGUGAUAUCGAGUUUCACAACUGAAGAGACCGAUUCCGGCAUUACUUUGUAUUAUUGGCGUUGUGAGUUGUGCGGUGCCCGUCUUCGUAACCGUGAUAUCGAGUUGAGGAUGAUAAAGUUUUUGGAACAGCUGUUUUGUGCAUAUCAGGCUCAAGAUAUGCUAUGUCCAGAGUGCCGUAUUGUCAAGCAGCUACCACUGGCUCGUGUAUGUCAAUGUGGCGGUGCCUUUAUUCCGCGUCUGGUUGCUCAACGUUGGGAAGAUAGUUGUGCGGUGAUGUCGCAGCUCGCAGAUAUCGUUGAUAUGAAGAGCCUUAGAGAGGUUCUCUCUGCAUAUGGCGAUAUGUGGUAA